GAGGGGUACCAGUAUCGAGCGCUGUACUCGUAUGAUAAAGAGCGAGCAGAGGACAUAGACCUUUUGCCUGGUGAUAUCCUGACUGUUACUCAGGCAGCUUUGAUAGCAUUAGGCUGCAAAGAUGGAGAUGAACGUGAACCAGAUCGUAUUGGAUGGAUUUUGGGUAUCAAUGAAAGAACAAAACAGAAGGGGGACUUUCCAGGAACCUAUGUGGAAUAUAUUGGGCCUGUCCAAAUGUCUUUACCUGCCCAUCGUCCACGUGGCCUGCGUCCACUACCUGCUACACCCACUCCACUCCAGACAGAGCAAAGUACUUUCUCUGGGCCUCUACUACCUGAGCUGGUUGAUCAGUUUUGUCCUCCAGAAAUAGGCCCUCCAAUACUGGUCAAGUUGUUUGAAGCC